AUUGCAGACGGCGUGACGUGGGGCUGACUCGGUCAGCUGGCUCCUCCAUCUGAACGGCAGGGAGAGCCUCUCCCAAAGGGAGACAUCACCAUCAACGCCCGACGCAGCUUCACCGGCGGCCCGCCGGAAGAGGAGAAAAACAUGGGCGAAACGCGGCUAUAGUGGCGGAUCGGGAGACGCGGAUUAUUUAUUCACCUAUUUAUUAUUUAUUUAUCUCCCCCGCCAGUGUAAUGGCAGGGGUCCAUGGCUGCGGCUGCUGAGAAGCAGGUGCAACAUCAUCGUCGGAGGCUUUUCGUUUCCUCGGCAUGGGCUGGGAGAGGGCCGAACCCCGGGCUGGAUCACUCCGUGGGAGGGGGCCAAAGGCUGGGCCGCGGCUGGGGGGCAGAGCCUGCUAAGACUACAGUUGAUAAACGCUCUGUGCAUAUCAGCGUAUUUUAACCAAUAUGGACCGUUUACAGCUCAAGGUUAUCCGCACACAGCAGCACGCGUAACCGGCGCAUCUGCAGAACAUGGAAUAAGCGCUUCCUGUGAUUAAAUACCCUCCAUUUCCCACCCCUAAGUGCUGACUGGAUCAUAACACUGUGACAGUCCAGCCUUACAGGCCUGAACAUUUAUUUUUUUUAAUUAUUUUAUUUAAUUUUUUUUUUUGUGGCUUAUAUAGUCUUGUUUGGAUAAACAUAGUGCAGCUGCCAAGAUGAUGGAGAUAGACGAGGUGGUGUACCAGGACGACUACGGCUCCGGCACCGUGAUGUCGGAGCGGGUGUCGGGCCUGGCCAACAGCAUCUACCGGGAGUUCGAGCGGCUCAUCCACAGCUACGACGAGGAGGUGGUGAAGGAGCUGAUGCCGCUGGUGGUCAACGUCCUGGAGAACCUGGACGCGGUGCUCACCGAGAACCAGGAGCACGAAGUGGAGCUGGAGCUGCUGAAGGAGGACAACGAGCAGCUCAUCACCCAGUACGAGCGGGAGAAAGCGCUGCGUAAGCAGGCGGAGGAGAAAUUCAUUGAAUUUGAGGACAGCCUGGAAGCAGACAAGAAGGAGCUGCAGAUGCAGGUGGAGCUCUUGGAGCUUCAGGGGAAGCAGCUGGAGCUGAAGACGAAGAACUACUCCGACCAGAUCACUCGUCUUGAGGAGCGUGAAGCAGAGAUGAAGAAGGAGUACAACGCUCUUCACCAGCGCCACACCGAGAUGAUCCAGACGUACGUGGAGCACAUAGAGCGGUCCAAACUGCAGCAAGCAGGGAGCAACAGCCAAUCAGAAGGCCCCGGCUGUGGACGAACUCAACGCCACACAUGGAGGAAAAGCAAAGCGGAGCGCCCGCCGUCGCUGAGCCUGUACCCUGGUGGCGAGGGCAUGGUACGUGGGGGUCACGGGGGGGCUAGGAUGAUGCCCGGGAAAGACAUCUGGCAGGUCAGCAAGCUCGGCCGCUCCACCUUCAGCUCCGCCUCUCAGGAGGACGAAUCGGAGUCCGACUCGGUCGCAGCCACACCCAGCAGCACAGGAAGCAAGUCCAACACGCCCACCUCCUCCGUCCCCUCCGCCACCGUCACCCCCAUCAACGAGGGCUUCCCCCCGCACUACGACUUCGACAUGAUGCGUGCCGGGAACCGCAGGAAAGGUGCCAAGCGUCUCAGUCGCAACAUGGAGGUGCAGGUUUCCCAGGAAACCAGGAACGUCAGCAUCGGUAUGGGAAGCAGCGACGAAUGGUCCGAAUUUCAGGAAAUAAUCGACUCCACCCCAGAGCUGGAGAUGGGAAUGGACUCCAGGGUGUAUGGAGGUGGAAACAGUCCUUCUCAAGGGAUUGUUAACGAGGCAUUCGGCAUCAACACGGACUCACUGUACCACGAGAUCAAAGACGCAAAGUCGGACAUCAUCGGAGACGUCGACGCCGGUGCCGAGCUGCUCGGCGAGUUUUCAGUCCGUGACGAUUUCUUCGGGAUGGGAAAGGAGGUGGAAAAUCUUCUGACGGAGAACAAACAGCUUCUAGAGACCAAAAACGCUCUGAAUAUUGUAAAAAACGACCUUAUCGCCAAAGUGGACGAGCUGUCGAGUGAGCAGGAGGUGCUGAAGGAGGAGCUGGAGGCGGUGCGGCAGUCCAAGAACAAGGUGGACGCCAGAAUCAAGGAGCUGGAGGAAGAAAUCAAGAGGUUAAGAGCGGAAGCAUCCCGGGACUCCAAAGACGAAGUUGGCGAUGACUUUUCGUCGCCCAUGCAGGACGGGGACAUGUCGAUGACCCAGCGGCGCCGCUUCACUCGGGUGGAGAUGGCCCGUGUGCUGAUGGAGCGGAACCAGUACAAAGAGAGGCUGAUGGAGCUGCAGGAGGCGGUGCGAUGGACAGAGAUGAUCAGGGCUUCCAGGGAGAGUCCUCCCAUCCAGGAGAAGAAGAAGUCCACCAUCUGGCAGUUCUUUGCACGCCUCUUCAGCACCUCGUCCAGCCCCCCGCCCGUCAAGCGCCCGUACUCCAGCGUCAACAUCCACUACAAGUCGCCCUCGCCGGCGUUCAACCAGCGGCGGAGCCACACCAUGUGCCAGAUCUCCACCUCCAACCGCACGCUGGAGUUCUUCCCUGAAGAACUGGCCAGUAACGGUGUUGCGUCUCUCCUCAGUGACUCGGCGCUGAUGGCGCGCCGAGAGCAGCGGCGUGAGCAGUACAGGCAGGUUCGAGAGCACAUGCGCCGUGACGACGGCAUCAUGCAGGCCUGUGGCUGGAGCGUGCCAUCUCGCCUCAAGCAGACUGGCGGUCAGACGGACGGCGCUAAGGACAGCCCGCUGAAGAGACAACAGACCAAUGAGAAGGAGGAUAACCGCAUGAAGAAUGUGCCUGUUCCGGUGUACUGUCGCCCCCUGGUGGAGAAAGACCCUAACAGGAAGUUGUGGUGUGCAGCAGGAGUCGACCUGACGGGAUGGAGAGUCGGCAGCCAGGAGGUGGCGCCACCCAAAGCACCACCAGGCAGCAGCGACCCCCUGCAGACUGAGGAGGACCGAGCGGACAAGAAGAACACGUCACCUGAGAAGAGGAAGUCUAAGGAGCUCCAGGAGACAGACAGCAUGAACAGUCGAGUGUGGAUCCUCACCAGCACCCACUCUGCCAGCAAAGUGGUCAUCAUCGACGCCAACCAGCCUGGCUCACUGGUCGACCAGUUCAACGUCUGCAACGCACACGUGCUCUGCAUCUCCAGUGUGCCAGCUGCAAGCGAGAGUGAUUAUCCAGCAGGAGAAAUCGUGUUGGAUCCAGGUGAUGCAGGAGGAGGAGAGGACAUGGGAGGCGUGGAGGGCAUGUUGGCUGGCAUCACGCUGGUUGGCUGUGCCACGAACUGCAGUGUUGCCCGUAGCAACUGUUCCUCGCGUACGGACACACCCAUAGUGGACAAAGGACAAGCCCCCGCCGCUCCCCCCAUGAACGGGAAGAUUCACCCCGCCCAGUCGACCGAGGAAGCCACCGAGGCCACGGAGGUUUCCGAAUCCACGGCCAGCCACGCGGAGAUGGGGUCCGGACGCCCGGGGCCCUUCACCGAGCACGUCUUCACCGAUCCUCAGCCUCGUCCGGCAGACGACAGGAGCGCGGGCCAGUCCAAAGAGGAGUCGUCUCAGCCCGCAGAGUCUGAGGAAGGAGGGGAAGAAACCAAAAACUACACCAGCGUGGCCCCCACCAUGUGGCUCGGGGCACAGAAUGGCUGGCUUUAUGUCCACUCUGCCGUCGGAAACUGGAAGAAGUGUCUCCACUCCAUCAAACUCAAAGACUCGGUUCUCAGUCUGGUACACGUGAAAGGUCGUGUGCUGGUCGCCCUCGCCGACGGGACGCUCGCCAUAUUCCACCGAUCAGAAGACGGCCUGUGGGACCUGUCCAACUAUCACCUCAUGGACCUCGGCCGGCCUCAUCACUCCAUCCGCUGCAUGGCGGUCGUCCACGACAAGGUCUGGUGCGGCUAUAAGAACAAGAUUCAUGUCAUUCAGCCCAAAAGCAUGCAGAUCGAGAAGUCGUUCGACGCCCACCCCCGGAGGGAGAGCCAGGUGCGGCAGCUGGCCUGGAUCGGAGACGGCGUGUGGGUCUCGAUCCGGUUAGACUCCACCCUGCGUCUGUACCAUGCGCACACGCACCAGCACCUCCAGGACGUGGACAUUGAGCCAUACGUCAGCAAAAUGUUGGGUACCGGCAAGCUGGGCUUCUCGUUUGUGCGGAUCACGGCCCUGCUGAUUGGUGGAAACCGCCUCUGGGUGGGGACAGGAAACGGCGUGAUCAUCUCCAUCCCGCUGACAGAGACGGUGGUUCUUCACCGGGGACAGCUGCUGGGGUUGAGGGCCAAUAAAGUGUCUCCUACGUCCUCCGGCGGUGUGAUCCAUGUGUACGGCGAUGACAGCUCUGAGAAGAGCACCGGCAGCUUCAUCCCCUACUGCUCCAUGGCCCAAGCGCAGCUGUGUUUCCAUGGACACCGAGAUGCUGUCAAGUUCUUCGUAUCCGUACCAGGCAAUGUUUUGGCCACCUUAAACGGCAGCGUUCUGGACAGUCCAUCCGAAGGUCAGAGCACCGCGGCGCCCACAGAGACGGAGGCGCAGAGCGUUCAGAACGUGCUGGUGCUGAGCGGAGGAGAGGGCUACAUCGACUUCCGCAUAGGUGAUGGGGAGGAUGAUGAGACUGAGGAAGGUGACAGCGGCGGUGGGGCUUCGCAGAUGAAACCUGCUUUGAGCAAAGCUGAGCGAAGCCACAUCAUCGUCUGGCAGGUGUCCUACGUGCCGGAGUGA